UUAAGUGAGAAAACUCAGAUACUUUAGUGAAGUUUCCUCUCACUUUCUCGUGGACGGGUUUCUGCGCGGGGAGCUCCGUGUGAAGGAGAUCGGAGCAGUUUUUAAACUGCCAGCAGCUCCGUUUCUGGACAAAGAUCAUUCCCGUUAACGGAGUCACAGCUGGAACUGAAGGACGAAGGAGACGACGGUUCCACGCGUCCAGAUGUUGGAGCGGAGUCGGUGGAUGAGCAGCAGUUCAGCUCUGACUCAUUCUAGGAUCAGUUCAGCUGCGUCUCAGUUGGUUUUUCUUCAGACUGCAGAAUCUUCAUCUUCAACUCUUCGGACUGUUUUUAGAAACUAUGAAGGUGUGUGUGUGUGAGCUGAUGUGGACGUGAAUUCAGCAGAAUGGACCAGUGUGAGGACGGAGAGGACGGAGUCCCUCCCUCUAAAACCUCUCUGUGUGGGGAACAUGAGAGUCGGAGCAAAGCUCAGAGGAAUCAACCUGGACCUGGACCUGAACCUGGACCUGGACCUGGAUCUGGACCUGGACCAGGACCUGGACCUGGACCUGAACCUGGUUCAGGACCUGAACAAGGACCCAGCUGUGUCUCCUUGAAGAGCGACCGAUUAAAAGACUUGAUAGUCUUCUUUGAAGGAGACCAACAUUCUGCUGGAAAGAGGAUCCAUCAGAAAGGAGACUCUCUGGAACAUGAACCCAGCUGUUUGUCCUUGAAGAGCGACUGGUCAAGGGACUGGUUCAUUGACUUUAAAGGAGACCAACGUUCUUCUUCAGAGAGAGUGGACCAGCAGAUCUCAGAGUCCCCCAGUGGUCCGUCUGUCCAGCAGCAUCAGACCCAGCUGGACUCCAUCUUUCAGGUGCUGGAGGACGACAUUGUCAUGUUUGUGAAGGACGAGCUGAAGAAGAUCCAGAAGGUUCUGAGUCCAGAUUACCCAGAAUCCUCAGAGAGUCUGGAGGAGGAUGAAGAUGAAGAGCAGAAGAGCAUCAGAGAGACACUCGUGAAGAUCACAGUGAAGUUCUUGAGGAGGAGGAAGCAGGAGAAGCUGGCCGACCUCCUGCAGAGCAAUACCGUUGCUGCCGUUUGUCAAUCCAAACUCAAAGGUCAGCUGCAGAAGAAGCACCAGCAUGUGUUUGAGGGAAUCAUUAAAGCCGGAAAGAAAACCCGUCUGGAGCAGAUCUACACGGGGCUCUACAUCACAGAGGGAGGGACUGGAGAGGUCAAUGAAGAACAUGAAGUCAGACAGAUUGAAGCAGCUUCCAGGAAACCAGACGGAGCAGAAACAGCCAUCAGACAGGAAGACAUCUUUAAACUCCCACCUGGAAGAGGAGGACCAAUCAGAACGGUGAUGACGAAGGGAGUGGCCGGCAUCGGGAAAACAGUCCUAACACAGAAGUUCAGUCUGGACUGGGCUGAAGGCAGAACCAACCAGGACAUCCAGUUCCUGCUUCCAUUCACCUUCAGACAGCUGAAUGUGCUGAGAGAGGAGAAGUUCAGCUUGGUGGAACUUGUUCAUCGAUUCUUCACUGAAACCAAAGGAAUCUGCAACUUUGAAGAGUUCCAGGUCGUGUUCAUCUUUGACGGUCUGGAUGAGUAUCGUCUUCCUCUGGACUUCCACAACUCUACAAUCGUCGGUGACCCCAGAAGGUCCACCUCAGUGGAUGUGCUGCUGACAAACCUCAUCAGGGGGAACCUGCUUCCUUCUGCUCGUCUCUGGAUCACCACACGACCUGCAGCAGCCAAUCAGAUCCCUCCUUACUGUACUGACAUGGUGACAGAAGUCAGAGGUUUCACUGACCCCCAGAAGGAGGAAUACUUCAGGAAGAGGUUCGGAGAAGAGGAGCAGACCAGGAUCAUCUCCCACAUCAAGACAUCACGGAGCCUCCACAUCAUGUGCCACAUCCCAGUCUUCUGCUGGAUCACUGCUACGGUCCUGGAGAACGUCCUGGAGAAAGUCCUGGAAGCCAGAGAGGGAGGAGAGCUGCCCAAGACCCUGACUGAGAUGUACAUCCACUUCCUGGUGGUCCAGGCCAAACUGAAGAAGGUCAAGUAUGACGGAGGAGCUGAGACGGAUCCACACUGGAGUCCAGAGAGCAAGAAGAUGGUGGAGUCUCUGGGAAAACUGGCUUUUGAGCAGCUGCAGAAAGGAAACCUGAUCUUCUAUGAACUAGACCUGAGAGAGUGUGGCAUCGAUGUCAGAGAGGCUUCAGUGUACUCAGGAGUGUUCACCCAGAUCUUUAGAGAGGAGAGCAGGCUGUACCAGGACCAGGUCUUCUGCUUCAUCCAUCUGAGUGUUCAGGAGUUUCUGGCUGCUCUUCAUGUCCAUCAGACCUUCAUCAAGUCUGGAGUCAACCUGCUGGAGGAACAAAGAAACACAGAGGCCGACCUCCAUCAGAGUGCUGUGGACAAGGCCUUACAGAGUCCAAACGGACACCUGGACUUGUUCCUGCGCUUCCUCCUGGGUCUUUCACUGGAGACCAAUCAGAACCUCCUACGAGGUCUGAUGACAUCAAACCAAAGAAGUUCACAGAACAAUCAGGAAACUAUCAAAUACAUCAAGGAGAAGAUCAGUGAGGAUCUGUCUGCAGAGAGAAGCAUCAACCUGUUCCACUGUCUGAAUGAACUGAACGAUCAGUCUCUGGUGGAGGAGGUCCAAGAGUCCCUGAGGUCUGGACGUCUCUCCACAGAUGAACUGUCUCCUGCUCAGUGGUCGGCUCUGGUCUUCAUCUUACUGUCAUCAGAAGAAGAUCUGGAGGUGUUUGACCUGAAGAAGUUCUCAGCUUCAGAGAAGGCUCUACAGAGGCUGCUGCCGGUGGUCAAAGCCUCCAAGAAAGUUCUACUGAGUGGCUGUCACCUCUCAGAGGACAUCUGUCCACUUCUGUCCUCAGUUCUCGGCUCUCAGUCCUCCAGUCUGACAGAACUGGACCUGAGCAACAACCACCUGCAGGAUUCUGGACUGGAGCAGCUGUGUCCUGGACUGGAGAGUCCACACUGUCACCUGGAGUCUCUCAGACUGAGUGGCUGUCACUUCUCAGAGGACAUCUGUCCACUUCUGUCCUCAGUUCUCAGCUCUCAGUCCUCCAAUCUGACAGAACUGGACCUGAGCAACAACGAUCUGCAGGAUUCUGGACUGGAGCAGCUGUGUCCUGGACUGGAGAGUCCACACUGUCACCUGGAGUCUCUCAGGCUGUCAGGCUGUCUGAUCUCAGAGGAAGGAAGUUCUUCUCUGGUCUCAGCUCUGACCUCCAACCCCUCCCACCUGAGAGAGCUGGACCUGAGCUACAACCAUCCAGGAGAGUCAGCAAGGAAGCUUCUGUCUAGAGUGGAGGAUCCCCGCUGGAGACUGGACACUCUCAGACUGAGUGGCUGUCACCUCUCAGAGGACAUCUGUCCACUUCUGUCCUCAGUUCUCAGCUCUCAGUCCUCCAGUCUGACAGAACUGGACCUGAGCAACAACGACCUGCAGGAUUCUGGACUGGAGCAGCUGUGUCCUGGACUGGAGAGUCCACACUGUCACCUGGAGUCUCUCAGGCUGUCAGGCUGUCUGAUCUCAGAGGAAGGAAGUUCUUCUCUGGUCUCAGCUCUGACCUCCAACCCCUCCCACCUGAGAGAGCUGGACCUGAGCUACAACCAUCCAGGAGAGUCAGCAGGGAAGCUUCUGUCUAGAGUGGAGGAUCCCCGCUGGAGACUGGACACUCUCAGGGUGGAGCCUGCUGGACAACGAUGGCUGACACCAGGUCUGAGGAAGUAUUCCUGUCGACUCACCGUCGACACAAACACAGUCCACAACAACAUCAAACUGUCUGAUGACAACAGGAAGAUGAUGUGUGUGGGGGAGGAUCAGUCGUAUCCUGAUCAUCCAGACAGGUUUGAUCUCUGGCCUCAGCUGCUGUGUAGAGAAGUUCUGACGGGUCGCUGUUACUGGGAGGUCCAGUGGAGCGGAGAUGUUUGUGUAUCAGUGACUUACACAAGAAUCAGCAGGAAAGGAAACUCUGAUGACUGUGGGUUUGGAGGAAACGAUCAUUCCUGGAUGCUGGACUGUUAUCCAGGUCGUCGGUACCGUGUCCGUCACAAUAACAGAGUAACAUCCAUCAACUCCUCAUCUCCAUGUCCAGACUCUGGCAGAGCAGCAGUUUACGUGGACGUUCCUGCUGGAACUCUGUCCUUCUAUGAAGUCUCUGUCUCUGACAGACUGAUCCACCUCCACACCUUCAUCACCAGCUUCUCUGAACCUCUCUAUGCUGGAUUUGGACUCUACUGGUCCGGUUCUGGUUCCUCAGUGUCUCUGUGUCCAGUUUAGUCUCCAGAGUCUCCAGAGAGAAACUGUCUCUGUUGGAUCCUGGACUUGGACUCUGGUUCUGGUUCAAUCAAUGUUUAGGCUACUAAAACUCAGUUUACAGAGUAAACAUACAUGUUUUAAAUAUCGGAAUAUCAUUCAUAUAAUAGUUUAAACAUGUAAUCAUUCAAAUUGUGUUAUAUUAGUCAUAUUUAUAUGAUUACUUUAUAAUUAUUCUCCUUUAUGUCUUCAAUGUCUGUAACAUAUUGGACAUAAAAGUCAUUUAUUUGCCAAACAAAAUAGGUCCAGUUUUCCUCCAAAUAUCCAUCCAGAAGUGCAGCUUGCUGAGCCCGAACAGAGAACCAGAUGUUGUGGAGAAAAACACACGGAGGACAGAGAUGAAACAAAGAUGUGAGUGAAACAGUGGAAUUAAAGAAGAACUGAAGGGACACGGUGGUGCAGCAGGUAGUGCAGCCGUCUCACAGCAAGAAGGUCCUGGGUUUGAUUCCCACCGGGGACGCUGUGGGCGCUGAAGUGCGUGUUAGUUCCUCCAUGACUUCAGCACCCUGGGUGGGGUUGGAGAAAGGAUCUUUCUGUGUGGAGUUUGCAUGUUCUCCCCGUGUUCCCUGUUAGCUAAUGUGAGCUACCCUCACAAAAACAUGCAACAGUCCUGGGCUACCGGGGAACAGAUGGGGUGGGGAAGAUCUGGGUGGAAUAACGUGAUCCUUCCUCGCGCUACGUCCGGCCAGAGAGGCCCCACCCUGUCUGGUGAAAAGAUGCUGCUGCUGCUCCUCAGGUUAAGGAGGAGACCUGAGCUCAGUGCAGGAACUCCCGGGGUUGGUAGAGGAUGGAAAUGCCCAGGACUGGUACUUAGGUAGGAACACUGGGUGAAGAAAUGUGGGAAGAAAACGGGAUAAAAAUAUAAAAAUAUAACAGUGAAAAGACCUCCGAGUUACAUGAAUAUACAUUAAAUGACCCGACUGAAGACUUCACUAGACAACAGGGCGUCACAGAGUGGGAGAGAACUUCAGACCAACACAAACUACACCUAAGUAAUAAAAGUACACGCUCUGGUGAAACUACAGGAAAAGAAAGGAACAAAAACAUGGCUUGGGCUAAAACCCUUAGAAAAGGACGUUGAAGAGAAGCUGAAAGGUUGAAAAUGGUUUGUAACAACAGCGUGUGUAGGAGCCAUAUAUUGAUUAUUCCUGUUUCAUUUGUUUGAUCUGGUUGCCACGGUGAUGAAGGAAGUUUGGGUCACAUGGAUAAUCACCGUAGGUUAUAAAAGUAUCCAAUCACCUGCACUGUCUGGGAGAGAGGAGAGUUAGGUAGCCGUCAUUUUUGUUGACCGCUUUUUACUGAUCCCCCCCGAUUACACGUUUGCACACAUUUGUACACAUUUAAAACCUAUUAAGCAUGUAUUCGGAAGGCCGUUGUGGUUGAGCAUCUGUCAUUAAACGCCAUAAAACUUAUCUGGGACUCAGCGUGCUUAUCUGUCAGCAGCAGCGCGUCAAGCAAAUAUACAGGACCUAACAAAAACUCUCAAGCGGCUCUUAUAAGUACAGGAAAGCCGCAAUAUUUGUAACAAAAAAAGGCAUCAACUUUGAAAGCGAUCGCUUGCAGCGCAAAGGAAUCAGCUGACUCAGUCAGACAGCGGUGACAAGCCACGUCAUCUGUCAUGGAGACCAGAGGGGGAUUCCAGGAAGCAGGUUCAACAAACUCAGAGUUUAAACCUGAACUCUGAGUUGACUUAACCUGAGACAGGAAAGUCGGAGUUUUGAGUUCCAGAACAGCGGAUAUGAGUUAGUUCAAUCAACUCUGAGUUUGUUAAACUGGAGCUAAGCGCGUGCGUGAGGGAAAUAAAAAGCAUCAUCAGUAGAGCCCUGAUACAAGGAUUCACCAUGGCAACCGGCGACAACAAAAGAUACACAUACUUUUUCUUUUUUUCUUUUUUUAACUUUAUUCAACAUUUCAAUUUACAAAAUCCCUUUGAAGAAACAUUAGUUUGCAUCUGAAGAUCCACAUACUUCACGCCACUGGAGUUAGAAGUGUUAAUACGUGUGUAUGGCGAGUAUGAGAGCAGAUUUCAGAAAAAAAACACGAAACACGAGGAGAGCAUUGGCGUGGGGGAAAGUUGCUGCAGUCAAUGUGUAAGUUUGAAUGAUUAUUCAUUUAACAUUUAAGCACACUGUCUUAUAAUAUUACAGAUGAAAACAGUGGUGGAAUGGUAUUAAAUUAAAUGUUAUUGUCAUUUAGAUCAGGGGCAGCCGCCACACCUCGGCUUCAGGGGAAAAUGGAAAUGUUUUUUUUAUUGUUUUAUACAUUUAUGGAAUUACUCUGUGUCUAUUUGUAUUGAUUUAUUCUAUUACUUAAUACAUAUAAAAUAACUACAAAUGCAUAUCAGAACAACAUGAUGGAUUUCACUAGGUAUUAUCUUUCCCAACACUUGUACCCCCUCAUAUCUUGAAAUGUGAUGUCCCAGCGUCCCUGACGACAGUGGUCGCUAUCAAUCUGGUUUUUAGCUCUGCAGUGUUACUAACUUACAAAAAUGAAAAGGAAGCAGACAAACACGCAAUUUAAAAAAAAAGAAAGAAGGCAAGUGAUGAGUCCAAUGUUGCCCCAGCAGCAGAAGAUAUUAACGAGGCUGUAGCCACUGAUGAUUAAUUAUGCAAGUUCAUUUUAAGGUAAGAUAUCAAAUCACCCUGCCCUCUUAUAAAUCUGUUUAAGGGAAAUAUUUUUUUACUCUCUCUCUCUUUCUCUCUUCUGCUCCUCCCUCUCCUUUUUGCAUUUGGACUUUAACUGUUUGAAGUUAAACUGGGAUGUCCCUGUGAUAUUGUUGCACUGACAUAGUGAAUAAAAUACGUUGCGUUUGUCAGAUACUUUUUCUGCUCUCUAACUCUGCUCUUGCUGUCCGUGGUGCAGAAAACAGAUGUGUAUUGUGUAAAGACCCAUUGGCUGAAUUGACGCCACUGAGGGAGGAGACAGAGAGAAACUCAGGCUUUAUUGAAGUAAACCUGCUAGUGAGCAGGUUAGGUUCACAGAGAAACUCAGGCUUUAUUGAAGUAAACCUGCUAGUGAGCAGGUUAGGUUCACAGAGAAACUCAGGCUUUAUUGUAGUAAACCUGCUACCGAGCAGGUUAGGUUCAGGGGCUCAGUUGCCGUAGUAACUGACUCAGAGUUUGAGUUAACUCGCUUUCUGGAACUGAAAACUCCACAUUUCCCUCAUCUCAGGCUUAACAAACUCAGGAUUUUCACUAAACCCGCUUCCUGGAAUCCCCCUGAGGUAAGAUUACCUGUGUUGGGCGUCGCCCAUUUGAACUCUGGACUUAUAAAUGUGUAUGAACAUUUUGUGAAUGUGUAUAUCCAACUUUGAAACUGAAAAUCGGCUGCAAUGUGCCUCCUGGUGAUCUCGGCCGAGAUAGUAAGUUUACGACACCUAGGAGGGGGGUCAGGCGCAGUAUAGCCCCCACAAACCCAGCAGGGUUCCCGCCAGACCUGGAGGAACAAAGGAAAAGACAACGCAAAGGGACCAGGAACAGACUCCCUGGGGAUUUACGACACCCCCUGGGGGGGAGCCGGAUGCAGCGGAGCCCAAAACCAGACCUCAAAAUGGUACUGCUUCUUUGAACCCCCCUUUUCCGCUUUAAUGUGCCUCAUAAAAUGGCGCUGUUGCCUGAACUACAACCCCCAGCAUGCCUUGCGGGGGGGGUGGCGCCUACAAGCGGCGCGCAUCCAAUCGCAAUGAGGCACCGAUGACGUCACCGCAGCGCGCGUAGGAUCAAAACCCCUGCCGCUGCUCCUUUUUCUCUCUCUUCUCAACUUCAUCUCAUCGGUGCGUUCGCCAUCCGGUCCGAUUGCACGUGGCCCAGAGGGCGCGUCCAUCUUUAAAAGACCACAGAAGCCCCGUUUGAACUGUAGAUAUUCUGUAUCUUCGUUAUUAUUGCUUGAUUUCUUUUUUGUUUUCAUUCCAUGCAUUUAACUUUCAUGUCCUAUUUUUCUAUUGAUGUUUUUCUUGUUAAUUAAUUGUUUUAUGAUACUUAAGCCAUUUCUGCCAUCAGGUUUAUUUGGGGUGUUGCGUUUAUCAUCUUUUGACACCUGUAUGUAAAUAAAUCCUGAUUGAUUUUUUUUA